GUACUCCAGAGUUUAUGGCCCCGGAGAUGUAUGAGGAACACUAUGAUGAAUCCGUGGACGUGUAUGCUUUUGGGAUGUGCAUGUUGGAAAUGGCUACCUCAGAAUACCCUUAUUCAGAAUGCCAGAAUGCUGCUCAAAUUUAUCGGAAAGUAACCUGUGGUAUAAAGCCAGCAAGCUUUGAGAAAGUUACUGAUCCUGAAAUUAAGGAGAUAAUUGGAGAAUGCAUUUGCAAAAAUAAAGAAGAAAGAUAUGAAAUUAAAGAUUUAUUAAGCCAUGCCUUUUUUGCUGAAGAUACUGGGGUAAGAGUGGAACUUGCAGAAGAAGACCAUGGUAGGAAAUCCUCUAUUGCCUUAAGACUCUGGGUAGAAGAUCCUAAGAAACUGAAAGGAAAACCCAAAGAUAAUGGAGCCAUUGAGUUUACUUUUGAUCUGGAGAAGGAAACUCCUGAUGAUGUUGCACAAGAAAUGAUUGACUCUGGAUUUUUUCAUGAAAAUGAUCUCAAGAUAGUUGCCAAGUCAAUACGUGACAGAGUAGCAUUAAUACUAUGGAGAAGAGAGAGAAUUUGGCCUAGGAUACAGUCAGAGGAACGUCGAGAUUCCGAAUGUUUGGAGAAAUCCAAGGCGCCGCAGACACAGCAGGUUCAGGUCACGUACCUCUCCCACACCGGUCACCACAUCCUGUCGGAGUCGGAGGAGCCCGAGGCGGAUCAGCACCCUUUCCAGCAAAACCUGCCCACCAGCGUCACGUCUGUUGCAUCUGACAGCACAUUCGACAGCGGUCAGGGGUCCACUGUUUAUUCAGACUCCCAAAGCAGCCAGCAAAGUGUCAUCUACUCCUCUCUGCCCGAUGCGAUACCUCCUGCUAUUCAACGGGUUUACAGUCCGCCCCUGAGCGAGAGCCCGGCCCUGCCCCACAGCCUGCAGCAGCUGGGGCACUACCAGCAGCCCUCAGGACCCGGCCUGCCCGUGGUCCCGGCUCCCGCUCCCGCCGUGUCCCAGCGGGCCCCGCAGUUCCAGGAGCCGGCGAUGACGUUCCCGGUGGUGCCGCCGACCACGGUGGCGUCCCUGCCCAUGGGGCAGUCCCCGCCGGUGCUCGCCAGCCAGCAGCAGCAGCCCAUGUCACAGCAGGCCUCCCUGCAGCAGGUGCUUGCGAGCCAGCCCGUGUGCCCAAUCCCACCUGCAGCCCAUCUAUUGCCCCAGUAUCAGCCCCAGACUUCUCAGGUGGCAGCUAGCAGUACACCCCUAAAACCGCUCCAGAUCUCAACCGUGCCGCCGCUUCCACCGGUUGCCCCCUCCCAGAUUCCUCAGUUUCCUGUCAUUCCUGCAAUUACUCCUCUGGCAGGACUUGACAACCUUCCUCCAAACCUCUCUGACAUACCUGCUGCAAACGUGCCCCCCAUUCUGUCGGCUCUGCCAGCACACCACGCGGUGCCCCAGCUCUCCCAGCAGCAGAUGUACCCGGCCACCUUCCAGCAGAUGGUCCCCAGCGAGGCGCCCUCUCCCCACCACACGCAGGCCGCUCCGCAGCCACCACCAGCUCAGUCGCUCCAGCCCAGCCUCGUGCAUCCUUCAGAGCAGCCCCUGCCCGCGCCUGGCGCUGGUACCCAGCAGAUGACUGGACACACUCAGUUUGCUCUGGAAACUGGAGCCCAGGUGCCUGUACUGCCCGUGCAGCCUUCGAUAGUCAUGUCACCACCUUUGCAGUUGCAGCCCGAACUAUUGCCGCCCUGCGUCGCUCCAGAAAGCGUUUCCCAGGUCCAUGGCAGCCUUGCUACAGCUAGUCCGCCCGUGCCCGUAGAUCCCUGUCUGCCUCCGCAGCCUUCUGGUCUUCUGCAGCUCCAGCCAGACCUGUCCCAGCAGCUGGCUCAGCAGCUCCCCGUGCCCUGCUCAGCAGCCCAGGCAAUUACAGAGUCAUCUCAAGAGGAGCAGGCAAUGCAGGACAAACUUCAGGCACUGUCACAGAGCUGUGAAAGCUACAUGAGUCCAGAUGUUGCUUCAGGUAAAGAAAUGAGUGACAGCUUUGAAGGUGCAAUAGGAAGUGGAAAACAAGAAGGAAAGCCUUCAAAGAAACAUAAGAAAUCUACCCGUGCUCGUUCACGCCAAGAAAAGACCAGCAGGCCAAAACUGACCAUACUAAAUGUGUGUAACACAGGGGAUAAGAUGGUUGAGUGUCAGCUCGAAACACAUAAUCACAAAAUGGUGACUUUUAAGUUUGAUUUGGAUGGUGAUGCGCCAGAGGAAAUUGCUACUUACAUGGUAGACAAUGAAUUCAUAUUGCAGAGUGAAAAAGAGACAUUUAUUGAGCAAAUGAAAGAUAUUAUUGAUAAAGCAGAAGAUAUGCUCAGUGAAGAUACAGAAGGAGAACGAAGUUCUGAUCAGGGGACGAGUCCCCAACAAGAUACUGAUAGAAUGGAAAUGAAUGAAGAGAAGCGACAGUCUCAAGUGAAGACGCCCGUGUAUCAGCAAAAUGUCUUGCAUACUGGAAAAAGGUGGUUUAUCAUAUGUCCUGUUGUGGAAAAUCCCGCUACUGAUGCUCCAGAAUUUUCUCCACCAGUUCCUCAAAGCACACAGCAGCCUGAAGGCCCAGGAAACUGUGGUCAGUUAAAGCUGGAUCCGCCCUGCGCCGCCGAGUCCGACGGGGAAGGGCCGCCCCGCGUGGACUUUGUGGACAACACCAUCAAGAGCCUUGAUGAGAAGCUGCGCAAUUUGCUUUACCAGGAAUACGUUCCCACUUCUUCUGCGUCGGCAGGGACUCCGGAGAGUUUCGUCCCUUUGGAACAGGGGGACAGCGAGUUUAACUUGCCGCCUCUUGCUGAAGAUCAAAUUCCCACGCUGGUAUUGGGUCUAAGAGAACCAGCCCACAAAGCUGCAGACACCUGCCCGGAAGCGAACGCUGCCGAGAGCCAACUCGUGUCGCUUGUGCCGUCGACGAUCUCGCCUUGCCCCGCACUGCUGGAGAAGUCUGGAGUCGCUGGCACCAUUGCUGAUUCCUCAGAAGCAAGAGGUGGGUCAGCAAGCAGAAAAGGUUCAUCUGCAAGCAUCAUAUCAGCUCCUGCUGCUACAGCAAAAGGUCUCCUUCAGAUUGCAGCUACAUCGUCAAGUGUAGCCAAGCAGAUGGAAACUCCUAAAAGGAAGGAGAAGGCAAAGACCACAACUUCAUCUGCGCACACAGAUAAUUUAAUGCAGAUAUCUACAGCAGAUGGGAUGAUAAAUAACCUUCAAAGGGAUGACUCCCUAGACUCUGGUUCCUAUGGAAAACAGGCUGAAACUCAUGGCAGCAGUACCCCCGCCAAAACUAUUGGCAGGUUUUCAGUAAUCAGCACGCAAGAUGAGUUAACUUUAGCGUCGCCGCAGUGCUUAAGGUUCUCGGCGCCCCCGGACGUCUACCUGGACGCGCUGCCCUCGAGCCCGGAGCUGAAGGCGGCCGUGCGCCGCGUGCAGACGGCCUCCUCCGUGGACGUGCUCUGCGAGCCGGGCUCGAGCGACUCUGCCGACGAGGCUCUCCGCAGGCAGCCUGCUGCUGCCCAGCCAUCCCCGCCGAGCGGGAGCGCGGCCACCGACUUGAUUAAAAAAGCAGCUGCUUUUCUGCAAAGAUCUGGGAAACCUCCUUCACAAGGCCUCGAUUCGCCUAAUGGUCAGGGAGCAAAAAUUCCUACCAUCAACAUAACAUCUUUCCACUCGCAGUCGUCAUACAUGAGCAGUGACAAUGAUUCGGAAUUUGAAGAUGCAGAUAUGAAGAAGGAAUUGCAGAAUCUAAGAGAAAAGCAUAUGAAAGAAAUUGCCGAACUUCAGACUCAGCAGAAGAAUGAGAUAGAGGCGCUGUACCUUCGCCUCGGGAAACCCCUUCCUCCCAACAUGGGCUUCCUGCACUCAGCCCCGCCAAGCGGCCGUCGCCGAAGAACCAGCAAAAAUAAAUUGAAAGGUGGAAAACUUGAAAAAAAAGUUCAGCAGCUCAGGAGUGGAACAUCAAGCACAAGUAAUAUGUCCGAAUCUAAAGACUCUCCCCACAGAGAAAUAACUAAAAGCCAGUCGGGGUCUCCCGAGACGGCAGCAGUAACGUCGGCCUCGGCCACGUUUGGGAAGUCGGUGCAGACGCAGCAGCCCUGCUCCGUCAAAGCCUCUUUGUCCUCGGACAUCUGCUCCGGCUUGGGCCCCGAAGGAGGCGACGGGAACGCGAGCUCUGGCCAAGGCUGGACGGUUUUCCACCAAACGUCUGAGAGAGUGACCUAUAAAUCUAGUAGCAAACCUCGUACCAGAUUCCUCAGUGGACCUGUGUCUUUGUCCAUCUGGUCUACCUUGAAACGACUGUGUCUAGGCAAAGAUCACAGUAGUAGAUCCUCUACGAACAGCCUGGUGCCGUGCCCGGAGCCCCUGCCGCAAUCCUCGCUGCAUGUCCAGGCCAACAACAGUAACAACAAGAAAGGCACCUUCACCGACGACUUCCACAAGCUGGUGGAUCAGUGGACAAGCAAAACUGUCGGCGCUGCACAGGCGAAACCCUCUUUAAAUCAGCUGAAGCAGAACCAAAAAAGGCAAGACAUGGAGCCAAAGGCUAGUCCCAUGCAAACCCAGAAUGAGACAUGUGGAGUUAAUUGGGUGAGAGCAGGAGCGGGGAGUCACUGCGUGGUUCCAGGGCCUUGCCCCGCGUCGGCCGCCCUCGCUGCGGGAGCGUCGCCUCACGCGCGGGUGCCGGAUCCCAUUUGCACUGUAGGUGGCACGGACACCUCUCUCCUCUUUGAAAGUUGCUUUUUGCCCAUUUUACUGUGCACAGAGUCUGCACCUGCAGCCCCGGCCAAAGGCGCGAGGUAA